AUGCGCUAUUUUCUGCUCUUCCUGCUGCUCGUGGCGAUUUGUGAUGCCGGGUGCCAAGACAAAUGCCGCUUGAAUGUCGACUGCCCGCCUUCUCAAUUUUGCAGUUCGAUACAUGGGUGUAAGAAGUGUGCGCCUCUUAAUGCGAAGCGCUGCGGCAAGAAUUCGGACUGCGGAGCCGGAGAGCGAUGCGUUGAUGGGCCGGAACGACCGACUUUGGCUGGGCAGGGCCUCUGCGAACGGAAA